AUUCCGCAGGCCUGGCCUGUCAGCAGCAGCAAGAGGAAGCAGGAGCAUAGCAUCUUCUGGCACCAGACUCCUGGGCAGCCGCAGCCUUCUCCACCAGAAGCCAGCAGAGGUAAAAUCACCACCAUGAAGAUUGCUGUGAUUUGCUUUUGCCUCUUCGGCAUCGCCUACUCCCUCCCAGUUAAGCAGGCUGAUUCUGGCAGCUCUGAGGAAAAGCCGCUCUACAACAAACUCCCAGAAGCUAUGUCCUCAUGGUUAAAGUCUGACCCAUCCCAGAAGGAGAAUCUCCUAGCACCACAGGAUGCCGUGUCAUCUGAAGAAACUGAUGACUUGAAACAAGAGACCCUCCCGAGUAACUCCAAUGAAAGCCACGACCACAUGGACGAUGUGGAUGAUGACGAUGAUGGAGACCAGGACACCGCUGACUCCGCUGACACGGAUGACGCUGACGAUUCUCACCAUUCCGACGAGUCUGACCACUCUGACGAGUCUGACGAAGUGGUCACUGAGGCUCCCACUAACGGUCCAGAAACCCCCGUUUUCACUCCCAUCGUCCCCACUGUAGAAACAUACGAUGGUCGUGGCGAUAGUCUAGCUUACCGUCUGAGGUCAAGGUCUACAAAGCUCCACAUUUCUGAUGCCCAGGACCCGGAUGCUACAGACGAGGACCUCACCUCACACGUGGAGAGCCAGGAGUCCAGCGAUGCACACAAGGCUGUCCUUGUUGCCCAGCGCCUGAAUGUGCCCUCUGACUGGGACAGCCAUGGCAAGGACAGUCAUGAGUCCAGUCAGCUGGAUGACCCGAGCGUGGAGACCCAUAGCCAGGAGCAGUCCAAAGAGCACAAGCGGAAGGCCCGAGACAAUAGCAGCGAGCACUCUGAUCAGAUCGACAGUCAGGAAAGUGCCAGAGCCAGCCAGGAACUGCACAGCCAGGAGUUCCACAGCCACGAAGAUCCCCAGAGUAGGGAGGAAGGUGAACACCUCAAAAUGCGCGUUUCUCAUGAGUUAGAUAGUGCAUCCUCUGAGGCCAAUUAAAAAGAGGAAAGAAAGUACAAUUUCUUACUUCGCUUUUAGUAAGAAGAAAAAAAAUUCAUUGUAGAGGAUUAAGAAAGAAUAUGAAAUGCUUACUUAGCAGGUGAAUGUAUAUGUGUGUGGCUUUGGAAAUUAAUGUUUUCAAUCAUUAGUUCAGUGUGUUGCUUCAUGGUAAUACCCUUGUAGCCUAAAACAUUAGCAUUGUGUCUGUUCUUUCCAUAGAAGAAACGCAAGCCAUCACUGCAUUUUAAUGUUUGCUAUUCUUUUAUGAAUAGAAAUGUAUGUAGAGGCAGACAAAAUACUUUUACACACUUAUAAAACAGACUAUAACAUUUUAUGUCACUAUAAUCUUUUGUUUGUUAAAUUAGUGUAUAUUUUGUUCUGAUUAUUUUGUUGAUGUGAAUAAAAUCUGGAAUGUAACAAA